CAACAGGUAAACAAAAUUUUCUCACAGCAGUACUUUUGUGUCACGUGAUUCACAAUCGGUCGAGAGAGGGACGCAGGUGAGGCAGCAAAGUAACCUGGGAGCUCUUCAGGAUGGAGGUCAAGUGGAAGGCCGCAGCUCUCCUCUUCGCUCUUUGGUGUUGCUGCGAUGCUCAGCGCAUAACCUCCGUGUCCCCACGCAUAGGAAGCGUCAAUGGAGCCACACGACUCACCAUUCAAGGAGAUGGUUUUGCACAGGAGCGGCAGUUCCAGCUGAAUCCAGUAGACGACAUGUUUGGAAACCGUGUGACCCUGGUGUCAAACACCCUGUCAGUCCCCUGUGAUGUGGAGAGAGACUCCACACACCGCAACCAGAUUAUGUGCUACACCAGACCCAUGCCAUAUGAUUAUUAUGAAAUCCAUGUCAGCGUGGAUGGUGUUCCCAUUCCAGACAACAGCAUGUGCCGUUAUAGUUCGCUCUGCAUCUUUACAACUGUUUGGUAUCGCACGCCUACUAUUGAAUCUCUGAGUCCAGUCAGUGGUCCUCCAGGCACAUUGGUGACCGUGUAUGGACGUAUCUUUACCGAUGUAUAUGGAAGCAACACAGACUUGAGCUCAAAUGGAAUCAACGCCAGAUUUCUGAGAUCCUACAUGGGAGGAAUGCCUUGUGAUCUGCUUAAACCCAACUCAGAUGAACGGUAUAACCUCCAACUGGUUUCUCAAUCUUCACAAAUGGGAUACAUGAGCUGCAAAAUGACGGGGACGUUUGUUGGUCAUCAAAACCUGAGUUACAUUCUUGAUGCAGACUUUGGGAGGAGUCAGGCAGUGAAGAAGCUCUACAGGGUUUCAGCUUUGGGCAAGCUGUCCAUGUUUCAGACCUUUGCAGAGGUGACAGGGGUCUUUCCUUCAGAGGGUAGCAUCAUGGGUGGAACUCUGUUGACCGUUCAGGGUCGUUUUUUUGACGAAACUGAUCAACCAGCACGCGUUCUCGUUGGAGGCCUGCCUUGUGAAGUCCAGAGUGUGGACGAUGACAGAAUCACAUGCAAGACUGCAGAACACCAGAUGAACAAGAACGCAGCAGUCUACCCGGGCGGAAGAGGCUUGAAAAUGGAGGUGUGGAACAACUCGCGGCCCUCUUCUCUCAGCAAUAUUUGGAGCUACAACAAGAACACAACUGGCUACUGGUCUCAGUGGAUCGACUCCAUGCCCUACGUCUUCCCCAGAGAAAUGGAUUACUUCACCACACGAUUUACAGGCUUCUUUGUCCCUCCUGCCACCGGCAACUACACGAUAUACUUGAACUGUGAUGAUCGAUGUGAUCUCUAUCUCAGCAACUCGAGCCGCCCUGAAAAUAAGGUUAAAGUUGCAUAUCAGCCAUAUUAUGUCAUUGACUACACACAACUGGCGUCACAAAAGUCACAAGUACUGGCCUUGGAGAAAGACAAACCGUAUUACAUGGAAAUUCUUCAACAGGAAUAUGGCGGUGCAGCUGCCAUCAACUUGGGCUUGUUCCAAGGGGAGAGUUCCUACACAGAAGACCAGACGGAUGAUGCUGUCAAUGAAGUCCAGGACAUUGGUGCUGAUUACGACGUGUUUGAUGAGGAGCAGGUGGUUACCUUUGACAUGUGGCCCGCCAAUGUGGCUGGAGUCAAGGAAGUCCAGAACGUGACUGUGAGCAGCAGCUGUUCUGACGCACUCUGUAGUAGCGCCUUCUUCAGCCUCGGCUAUGGACGUGCCAUGACUGCACCGAUCCCAGUCAGCGCUUCAGCAGCUGAGGUAGAAACAGCCUUGAACAGCCUGUGGUCCAUCAAACCCGACACGGUCAUGGUCACCAAACAACAAAGCAGCGAAGGGUCUCACUUUAUAGUCACUUUCAAUUCUGACAGAGGUGACUUUGAACCUCUUCACUUUGAGGUUUUUGGUUCGGACACCAACAUCACUGUUGCUGAGGUUACCAAGGGGAGGGGCAACAUGAAAACCUUCACUCUGCUCUGGGGAGGAAUCCCUACAAAGCCCAUCGCCUUCAAUGCAUCCAAAUCUGAGGUUCAGUCGGCUCUGGAAGACCUGAUGAAAGCAGAGUGUCCGGGGGAGAUCUUGACUUUUGAAGGCACUGAUGUGAAAUACUUCAAAGACUUUGAAAAUGACAAUUCGCAGUUCAAUAUUGCAAACGAAGGGACGCCUGUAGAUCACUCGGGAUUCUGUGGCCGGUGGUCGCUGAAGAACGCCGAGAUCCUUUUCAAGGACAGCUACACAACAGAGUCUGGAGAUACAUAUGGACCGGUUUCAUUGGACAAGCACCCAAUGCUUUGCUUUGCAUACAAGGGAAUGUUGAAAGAUGAAGUUGGAAUGAGGUUCACUUACCAGGACAGCAAAGGCAAAACGCUAACACUCACAACAAAGAUCAACACUAUCUUCAACAAGGGCUCCAAAUGGAGUUACAAAUGCAUGAAUCUGCAAAGUUCUCUGCAGACACAAUACAUUGGGAGCAGAUACAGUCUGCUGGAGUUCUACCUGUACAAGGAUACUUCUGGUGAAGAUUUCUACAUAGAUGUCGUUCAUAUUGGAAAGAUGGCCACUGCAAUUGAUGAAAAUGCUGUUCCUAACAAGAGGAGGCCCGCUCCUUUUGAGGAUUCUGGUCGGUUCUUCGAGUUGAUCUCCGUCAGCAAGCAUGCAUCGUCUGCUUCACGGAUCAGCUAUGAGAUCAAAGCCACACCUCUAGACUGUGCAUUUGAUUUUCCACUGCUAGGCGUUGGCUUCCUGCAGAUGUCCAACAACAGUGAGGACGCGGCUGAGUUUAAAGAAGGAGCUGCCACAGUGACCAUCGCCCGCCCUCACCGAGCCUCCCCUCCUCUGAACGGCACUUUUGAUGCGAUGAUUUACGGUGGUCGAGCUGAAGGUUUAUCUGUGGACAUCAGUGAGGAGGACCUGAAGUAUGCCCUGGAGGGAAUUGCAGGGAUGGGCCAGGUCACCGUCCAAAAGUCUGGAACCUGCAGACGUCCCCAGUGGAGCGUUAAGUGGCUCACAAAGCCAGGAGACCAACCUCUGAUCCAGUUCGAUUACUCGUCAGUUGUCGGGGAAAAUGUCAUUAUUUCGGCCACGGAAACACGAAAGGGAGGUCUGUGGAUUCGAAGCCUGACAGGAGACUUUUUCCGAGUGUGGGAAACCAAACCACAGGUGGAGGUUCAAAUCAACGGCAUCCCAUCAAAGUGUUCUGGUGACUGCGGCUUUAUAUGGUCCGAAAAGAAAACUCCAGUCGUGACAGGAAUCAGCCCUUCGCAAGGUUCUAAUGGUCUGGGGACUCUCUUAACUGUCACUGGGACUGGCUUCAGCAGUGAAAAUGCUUCCAUCAUGGUGGGAAAGGCCAGGUGCCACGUUGAAGCAACCACAGCUACCACUCAAGUAUGCAGACUUGGCAGCACCAGUGCCGGCACCUACCCAGUGUUAGUAAGCUUCCCCUCUCUGGGCGAUUCACGCUUUUCAGACAGCAACUUCCUCUUUACCUACCAGCUCAUCGUGUCUUCUUUCAUCCCGCUCUCUGGAAGCGUUGCAGGAGGGACUCUGCUGACAGUGAGAGGCUUUGGCUUCAGCCAGAACGCUACAGUUACUGUUGGCAGUGCAGAGUGCACACUGAUUGAUUCAACUGACACUGAACUGAAAUGCAGAACACCAGCAGGAGCUGUGGGAUCACAGACGGUCACAGUGUUGUUGGGAAACAUGAGUCAGACGGCCAUCAGCUCCUUCACCUACGAUAAUAACCUCACCCCACAGAUCACAGGCCUGAAUCCCCUGACCACCACUGUGAUUGGCCACCGAGUUCUCACCAUCCAAGGUUUGAACCUCGGGCAGCAAGACAAUGACAGCAUCGUGCUUGUAGGAAGGAGGGAAUGUGUCACUGUGCUUUGGACGGAAGCAAACAUCACCUGUCUUCUCCCUGUGCUGCCACCUGGCAUGCAUGAGGUGGACGUACAGGUUGGGAACAAUGGCUACCCCCAGACGAGCAAUGGUGUAAACACGACCAUUGAGUACAUCCUGGAAGUCUACAGCGUCUCGCCGUUGUUCGGUUCUUUGAUGGGAGGAACCGAGCUGACCGUUUCUGGCUCUGGGUUCAGCAGCAACGUAUCUGACAACACUGUGUCUGUUGGAAACGCUGCUUGUGAAGUCACGGCCGCCUCAGAGAAUGAGCUGCAGUGUGUUGUGCAAUCAGAGGAGAAGACCCACAUCGUUACCAACCAGGGAUUCGAUCGCGUUUAUGGGCAGGGAAAUGCGUGGAGUCCAGCCUCACUCACCGUAUUCAUUGGCGACACGGUAAUGUGGCGUUGGGAGGCACCAGCCUUUCAGGAAGUUGGGUACCGGGUCUUCAGUGUUUCCAGCCCAAGCGGUACCUCUUAUGAAGGAGGACCUUUCACCAGUGGAGAGACCAAAACUGCCCAAGGUUCACGUCGUGUCUCCAGAGCAGCGCCACAGUGCAUUGCCUCCCCGCAGUGCCAACAGUCCAAUCAGACUGAUACGCUUUCCCUCAGCACCUCCGCCUGCUCCACUCCCAUGGUUUACUCCAUUUCUCCCAACCAGGGCUCAUACCACAAAGCGAUCCAGAUCAAGGGCAAAAGCUUCAGCGACGUGGCCUGUGCUAACGAGGUGAUGGUGGGAGAUCAACCCUGUCAGGUGAUCAACAGCUCCCAAUCUGAGAUUAACUGCCAGCUCAGUCCCAGCAGUGAACUUCCCAUCGGCCUUGCUCUCCCUGUGGCCGUCAGAGUCAACAACCUAGGCAGCGCCGUCAUCGCUGUGCCAAAUGAGCUUGAGCGUCGCUUUGUGGUUCUCCCAGUGGUUGACUCAGUCUCGCCUCCUAUUGGAAGCCCCACUGGCCACACUAGGCUCCUCAUCCGCGGUUCUGGCUUCUCAGAGGGACUCGUAAUUGUAGCCAGCGAGCUCUGUCGCAUCCAGUCUCUUAAUUACACUUCGAUCAUCUGCGACACGGCGCCUUCUCAGCCACACAUCGGUGAUGUCAUCUUUUACAUGGGCCAAAUCCAAAGCGCCUGCCACUCAAACUGCUCCUUCCGCUACUCCUCGUCCGUCACUCCCACAGUUACCGGCAUUUCCCCGGACAGCAUUGAUGAUGUCACUACUGUGACCAUCUCUGGCUCAGGGUUUGGCAGCAGCGUGGAUGAUGUGGCAGCUUUUGCUGGGUUGACAGAGCUAGAAGUAACCGCUGUGACCGACGGCAACAUCAGCGCAAGAGUCAGCGCUCUGCCUGCAGGUGACCACUCAGUCAAAGUGAUUGUGAGAAGCAAAGGCCUCGCUUCUGGUCAGGUCACCCUGAGCAGUAAGGCACAAGCAACCCUGAACCCCAACGUGGGCAGCCUGGCGGGAGGAACGCCACUUAUCUUCACAGGAAAUGGCUUCGCUCGAGGGAACACAAGCGUGAUGGUCGGUAGGAAACCCUGCAAGAUUCAGGAGGUGACGCCGGGUCGUCUUAUCUGCCUGACGCCUCCUAACACUGUGGGGCUGGUGACCGUCAUUUUGCAGGUCUUCUCUGUGCAGUAUCCUCCUCUCAGCUUCACCUACUCCACCGCCCACACUCCUGUCAUCAGCUCCAUCAGCCCCACCACAGGACCGAGCGGGUCCGUCAUCACCCUGACAGGUUCAGGCUUCGGCAAUGACUCUCAGCUCAUCACCAUCACCAUAAAUGGCGUCCCUUGCAAUGUUUCCACGGUCUCCGACACACAGGUCCAGUUCGCCGCAGGAAACAAUCCAGGGGCGACAUACCCAGUCAUGCUGCAUCACCAGGUCAAAGGUUUUGCCCAGUCAGGAGUCGUGUUCACGUAUGAACUGACGCUCAGCAGUGUGCAGCCCAGUGAAGGUAGUUUCGGUGGCAGUGCGCUGCUGUCCAUCCAGGGCUCUGGGUUUGAUCCACUCAACUCCACUGUGCGGAUCUGUGGGGAGGAAUGCCAGGUUCACAGAGAAACAUCCACAUCCACCCAUCUGUACUGCCAGUCUCCACCUCACAACAGCACUCAGUCAGAGGUCAGCUGCGUUGUAGCCGUCAUUAACCCACAUGAUGCGGUCAACGUGUCAAACGGCUUCACCUAUAGAUCUCAGCUGACUCCAGUGAUCACUCAGGUUUCUCCUCGCAGAGGCGGCACUGCUGGAGGCACCCGACUCACAGUCACCGGCUCUGGUUUCAGCACUGACAUUAACGAGAUCAACGUGACGAUCGCAGAGUCCGUGUGUGACGUGCAGUCCGCCAACAGCACGCACAUCAUCUGCGUGACCAGCGCUCAGGGGCAAUCUCAGGAAACCAAAGUCAGAGUCAGCAUCGGAAACCAAGGCAUCGCCAAGAUGGACAACGCAGAUUUCUUUUACAUUGACGUGUGGUCGUCCAAGUUCACGUGGGGAGGUCUGUCUCCACCAGAGGAGGGCACAUUCGCUGUUAUUACUAAAGGCCAGACCAUCCUGCUGGACACCAACACACCUGUGCUCAAAAUGCUGCUUAUUCAAGGAGGGACGUUAGUGUUCGAUGAAGCCGACAUCGAGCUGCAGGCUGAAAACAUCCUGAUCACCGACGGCGGUCGGCUCCAGAUCGGACAGGAGGGAGCGCCGUUCCAACACAAAGCCAUCAUCACGCUCCACGGUCAACUGCGUUCACCUGAACUUCCUGUUUAUGGAGCCAAGACGCUGGCUGUCAGAGAGGGCGUGUUGGACCUCCAUGGUAUUCCUGUGCCGAUCCCCUGGACCCACUUGGCCCAAACAGCAAACAGUGGCUCAAAAACAUUGAACCUGAUGAAGGCGGUGACGUGGAAAGUAGGAGAUGAGAUCGUUAUUGCCACCACUGGACACAGGCACAGUCAAGGAGAGAAUGAGGUGAGGAGGAUCGCCGCUGUGUCGGCUGAUGGAAUGACUCUCACCCUGACCGAACCGCUGAACUACACUCACCUCGGGGUGUCCGUGACGCUGCCUGAUGGUACAGUGUUUGAGGGCAGAGCUGAGGUGGGGCUCCUCACCAGGAACAUCGUCGUGCGAGGUUCACAGAAUCAAGAAUGGAAUGACAAGGUUGAAGCCUGCCCGGGCGGCUUCAACACAGGUGAGUUUACCACCCAGACAUGUUUCCAAGGACGAUUUGGAGAGGAGGCCGGCAGCGAUCAGUUUGGAGGUUGCAUCAUGUUCCACGCCCCCAGACCAAACGAGAAUCUUGCGAUUGGCCGAUUGGAAUAUGUUGAGGUUUUUCACGCCGGACAGGCCUUCAGGUUGGGACGUUAUCCCAUCCACUGGCAUCUGAUGGGAGACAUCAAUUACAAGUCGUACGUGAGGGGCUGUGCGAUUCAUCAGACCUUCAACAGGGCCGUAACAAUCCACAACACCCACCGGCUUCUGGUGGAGCACAAUGUGAUCUACAACAUCAUGGGUGGGGCUUUCUUCAUUGAGGACGGCAUUGAGACGCAGAACAUCCUUCAGUACAACUUGGCUGUGUUUGUUAAACAAAGCACCAGCCUGCUAAAUGAUGACGUCACUCCCGCCGGCUACUGGGUCACAAAUCCCAAUAACAUCAUUCGCCACAACGCCGCUGCAGGGGGAACGCAUUUUGGCUUCUGGUACCGCAUGCAUGACCGCCCUGAUGGCCCUUCCUACAACCCAAACAUCUGCCAGAAGAGAGUUCCCCUUGGUGAGUUUUAUAACAACACUGUGCACUCUCAGGGCUGGUUUGGACUGUGGAUCUUCCAAGACUUUUUCCCCAUGAAGAACGGAGGGUGCCAGUCCUCGAUCCCCGAGCCCGCUGUCUUCCGUUCUCUCACCACCUGGAACUGCGAAAAGGGUGCUGAGUGGGUCAAUGUAGGCGCCGUGCAGUUCAACAACUUUCUCAUGGUCAACAAUGAGAAAGCAGGCAUCGAAGCCAAGCGUAUCGUUCAAUGGGCUGUGAAGGGCUUUGGAGAAGACGGCGGGGCGACGGUGUCCAAUAGCACCUUAGUGGGUCACGUGGACGAGCUCGGACUAGGCAGCGACUUCUGCACGCACCGCGGCGUCAUCCUGCCUUUCGACGACGGCAUGAGCGUCAUUAACAGCAAGUUCAUCAACUUCAACCGCAGCUCCUGCGCAACCAUCGGGGUAACCUCGAUCGACGGGGUGUGUGUGGAGCUCUGUGGUGGCUGGGCUGCCAGGUUCAGUGGCAUCCAGUACAUGAACUCACCCAACAAGGCCGGCUUCAGGUGGGAGCAUGAAGUGCAGCUGGUGGACACUGAUGGCUCCCUCACAGGAAACAUAAAUCAUGUAGUUGUGCCUAUGAGCGACCUGCUGGAUCCUGCUCACUGCUCCCAGAGUGCCGAGUGGAGCGUGGGUUUCCCCGCCGCUGUGUGCGACGAAACUGUUAACUUCCACCGUCUGGCGUUUAACAACCCCUCCCCAAGCUCUCUGGUGGCCAAGAACGUCAUUCUAACCAACUCACAUGGGAGCUCCAGGGUCCCCUUUUUGAAGAAGAGACUAACUCAUCCAUUUGGAUGGAUGGCCUUGCUGCCCUCUGGACAGACGUACAACUGGUAUUUUGAAAAUGUGGAUCACGUGACCAACAUCACUUACAGCGGAAAAUUCUACAGCUUUAAGCGGGAUCAGUAUGUCAUCGUCAACCACAACUUCACGCAGAGUCCAGACAGUUUCCAGAUCAUCGACACGAGAAACGGCUCAUUGACGCCACUGAGCUUCAGCAACAACAGGAACGGAGAUUGGUACUUCAAUAAAAGCUCCAACAACCUCUACUACAUCGUGUCUGGGAAGACAAGCCAGCGCAGGCGGAGGUCCAGCGUUGACCGAUCUAUGAUUGACGUUCAGACAAACUUUGCGGUCUUCCGCUGUUUCUACCCCAACUGCAUCCCUCCAACACCACCGCCUCCAGCCACUCUCGCGCCAUUACCUAGCCGCCGACCUGGUAACUUCAUCCGAUGGUCCAAUGCUUCUUUCUGGAAAGGCUCGGCAGAAAACAACUUCACCGAGCCAACAGAGGGUGGCGACGUGGUCAUCCCAUCAGGGCAGUGGGUCGUUUUGGACACCGACACUCCUCUUCUCAACAAGCUCACAGUUAUCGGAGUCCUUGAGAUCCCCGACACCAUGAACAGCUCAUCUACCAGACAGGCCCGGUCUGUACCCGCGUACAACACUGUGGCUAUAGAUGCUGUCUACAUCUCCAUCCAGGGCGGCCGACUGAUUGCGGGAUGGAACGACGAGCCGUUCAGAGGUCAGCUGUACAUCAAGCUGAGAGGGAACCACCGCACUCCGGACUGGCCUCUGCCAAACGGACCCAACCAGGGAUCCAAAGUCUUGGGCGUGUUCGGCACACUGGAGCUCUACGGACUUCCUCGCAAUGUUUACCGCACCAAACUCGCCGCUACUGCUAACGCUGGAUCCAACACACUGACCCUGUCGCAGUCGGUCGACUGGCAGGUUGGAGACGAGGUUGUAAUCUCCACCAGCAGCUACACCACAUGGGAGACGGAAAAACGUCAGAUCGCUGCCGUGUCAGCGGAUGGCUUCGUCCUGACCCUGAACCAGCCUUUGACCCACACUCAUAUUGGUGGGACUGACUCUGUGUCAGGUACGACUUUCUCCUACACUCUGGCAGCUGAUGUUGGUCUCCUGACCAGAAACAUCAAGAUCAUCGGUCAGGAUUAUCCAACUAUGAUGCAAGACUCGUUUGGAGCCAGGCUGCUCGUCGGCACCUACUCCUGGGAGGGAAUCAACUAUAAAGGCAAAGCUCAGAUCAGGAACGUGGAGUUCUACCACUCUGGCCAGGAAGGCUGGACUGACUACAGCGACCCACGCUACUCUGUGGCCUUCCUCAAUCUGGGAGAGGUGACAGAAAAAGAGUCAUACAUUCAGGGCUGCGCUUUCCACGACGGCUUCUCUCCGGCAGUCGGCGUUUUUGGAACAGACGGCCUUAAUGUUGAUGAUAACAUCAUCCACCACACUGUCGGAGAAGGCAUCAGAAUUUGGGGAAAUAAGGUGAAACUGAGGAGGAACUUGGUGAUGAUGACACUGUGGCCUGGAUCGUACCAAGGCAGAGAGGAGCCUUUCAACUUUGACUGGAAUGCUGCCAUUGAGGUUAGCGAGGGGACAAACAUCAUGCUGCAGCACAACAUUGUGGCGGGUUAUGAGAGAGUGGCGUAUCGCAUUGAUGGCGAACCAUGCCCAGGUUAUAUAAAUGAUAAUGAGGCUUGGAUUCAUAACGAGGCUCACGGCGGUCUGUUCGGGGUCUAUCUGAACAAUGACGGUUUGCCUGGUUGCGCCCACAUCCAGGGUUUCUUUGUCUGGAGGAGCUUUGACUACGGCAUCUACUUCCAGACCAUCAUGAAUGUCACGGUUUCCAACGUGACCCUGGUGGACAACGGCAUGGGAAUCAUGCCUAUGAUCUAUGGUCCCCCUUCUCUCUCCCAUGAAUUUGCCAAUAAAACAGUGCUAAUUCAGAAUUCCUUAAUUGUUGGCAGCAGCCCGAGCUUCAACUGCUCAGACACUUUGCCAAACAUCGACUUUAAUUUGGCCACCACUUCAGGCCAUCGGGCUCCCAGACCUAUCCAAGGUGGCAGAUCUGGAAUCUGCUGGCCAAAUUUCCAGUCUGCCCACAACAGUGCACCAGCUAAGGCUCAUCAUGUAAACAUGAACUACAACUCUAUUAAAGGGCUGAUGACAGUCAAAGACACAACAUUUGUCAACUUCAGAAAUGUCUGCUCUUCUGAGGCAAACGUCAUGUUCAUCACAAACCCACUGAAUGAAGACCUGCAGCACCCUGUGCAGAUUUCAGGCAUUCAGAUGAUCAACAGCACAGACGAGGCCAAAGUGUUUAUCCACAGACCUGAUUUGGGUAAAGUAAACCCUGCUGACUGUGUGGACAUGGACUGUGACGCGAAGAAGAAGAGCUUGUUGAAUGACUUGGAUGGGUCGUUCCUAGGGGCAGUGGGCGCUGUGGUGCCACAAUCCCAGUAUGAGUGGGGAGGAGAUCCCAGGAGGGGGCUGGGCGACUAUCGCAUCCCCAAAGUCAUGCUGACAGCCCUCAAUGGCAGCCGAAUCCCGGUGAACCAGAUUGCUCCAAACAAAGGUGUGAUCAGGAGAACAUGCACCUACAUGAGUUCCUGGCAGAGCUACAAGUGCUUCGGCCUGAACUACAGGAUGUUGGUGAUUGAAAGUCUCGACGCUGACACGGAGACCAGACGUCUGUCCCCCGUCGCUGUGGUUGGAGACGGCUACGUGGAUCUGAUCAACGGUCCUCAGGAUCACGGUUGGUGUUCUGGCUACACCUGCCAGAGGAGACUUUCCCUCUUCCACAGUAUCGUAGCCACUGGUCACUCCUUUGACGUCUACUUCACGAGCGUCAGCCCGCAAAAGCUUCGCCUCAUGAUGCUCAACUCUAAUCCAUCUGAGAGCAUCGUGGUGUCAGUGUUUUAUUCCAACCCUCAGCGUCUGGAUGUGUAUGUCAAUAAUCAACUGAUCGCUCCCACUAAUGCUGAGUGGAAUGCUGAUAACACUAACUACAUCUUGAAGAAACCGAUCCUUGCAGGUCAGUACGUCCCCGAGCUAAAUGCCACUGUGGGCACCAACUACUUUGACCAGGACUAUAAGAUGCUGAAGGUCGUGCUGAGAGGCUCUCAACCAGUGGAGAUCCGUACUGCCCCGGUUCUCGUCAUCGCCUUUGGGUUCCCCGCAAUGACCGAGGAGGAGUUCUAUGGCAACAGCCUGGUCCAGAACCUCGCCGUGUUCCUCAAAGUUCCUCCCAACAUGAUCCGCAUCUCCAAGAUCAUCAGGGAGAACGGAGGCGCGCGUCGCAGGAAGAGAUCCACGGGCCUGACGGUGGAGGUGGAGAUCAAAAAGCCUCCUGUCCAGCAAACCACAAACAGCACCAACGAUGACGAGGACUUUACACUGCUGAAGAACAUCGCUGAUGAACUGGGUCAGGCAGCAGUGACCGGAAACCUCAGUCAGUCCAUCGGUUUUAACGUCUCCUCCAUUGGCAUGGUCCCACCUCCUCCUCCAUCCUCUGACCCCAGCUGGAAUGAGGUGGCGACAGAGGAAGUAACGAGAGAGGAACCUACCGUGAAUUACGUGUCCGGCGUGGACCGCCUGCUGCUGAUCGAGGAGCCGAUAGCCGGGGAGUUUGUGGGUCCUCUUUACCAGCAGCCCAGUCUGAUGGCUGUGGAUGCAGAGGGAAACUGCGUCUCCGUGGGAGUGACGACUCUCAUGGUUACAGCCAGCCUGAAGGACUCUGAUGGAAACAGCGUUGGUGGGCUUGAAGGAAACACAACCAUCCUGUUCAGAACCUGCUGGGCCAACUUCAGCGACCUGUCCAUUGUUAACAGCGGUGAGAACCUGACAAUGGUCUUCACUUUGAAGGACUGGGGCACCACAUCCAGAGCCUUCUCCAUUAAGAACACUCCCACCACUCAGAUCCCGACGACCAGCAGCAACAUUACAGAGCCGACACCUACCACGACCACUGGUCAGGUCACCGACGACAGCAUCUUCGGCUCUGGCACCACUGCUUCUGCUGGCGCUCUGUGCCUGGCUAGCGUUAUCUACACCGUGGCCUGCUGCUCCGAUGCUGUCCCCAUAGGUUAGAAGAGCUCAGCCCGCUUUAUGAAGGAUAAUGUAAAGUCACGUUAACAUGAAGGACGAAAACUAACCUCUUGUUCAAAGUUUAUUGUGAGUGGUAUAUUUUUCCAUUGCUUAUAGCCUUCAGAUCAAUAUCCAUUAGAACAAAAAUCUUCUCAGGUAAAAGGGAUUUAUGAAGAAUACAACAACAAAUAAUCAUUUUUACUAUUUCAAGAGGUAAAAGUAAAGCUUUUCUUGAAUGAUUUUGUGCAUUAGAUGUUAAUUUCUGUUAGUUUUUGGGUUCUUUCAUUGUAUUUUGUGUAAGAUUUAAUAUGGGUGUGAGGUCCAAAUAGAUUACCUCUACUUUUAAAAAGUGCAGCAGUGAAAUUGAAACUGCAAACAGCUGAAGGAAAACAAGAAAUUUUGCAACAGUUUUCUGCAUGUUAAUGAUUGUUUGAAACUACACUUUCUUUUCAAUAAAUUGUGUUUUUUAUC